AUGAUCGUCGGUCAUCUCCUACAAGAAUAUCCGAACAAUUAUGUAUUUGAAUUUUCAUCACGUCUUCUUAAUUUAUUUGGUAUAAAACCGAAUAUAACUCGUCUAAUCAAACAAUUCGACGAACAAAGUAUUCAUCAUUGCUCUUUGAUUGUACCUUAUUGCCAAAUGCGACCCCCUGGUAGUGGUUUAGUCUAUUCGAUGAAUAAACACACAGUACCUGUAGUCAAUCUUGAUUUAACACCUGAUCAAACGGCAGCCAUUUCUCUAUCGGAUCGAAUUGUUGUCAUUGAUAUGACAUCCGGACGCACCUAUUUCGAUGUUAAAUUGCCCAAAUUAAACGAACCCUAUUUGAAUGUGAAAACAUUAACAAAUAUUUAUCAGUCGGACGAACGCAAUCAAACUAAAUCUAAUCAACAGUUGUACUUUCUUCUUCAUUCAUUUCACCAUAUUUAUUUCAUGUCUGCACAUGAUGAUAUUAAAUUUGAACGCAUGUCGAAUGUUGGCUAUGCGACAGUCGAAAUUCUUAAUUUCAAACGUGGUCUUUGCAUCGUAACAGAAAUCAAUAGUACUUCGGUUGAAUGUUGGGAUCUCGUACGUAAUCAAUUGUUUGCUCGAAUCGAUUCGAUUCCGUCGCCCAUCAAAAAUAUUCUUUGUAUACGCAUGUAUCCGAUGAUUGCUAUUGUUUGUCAAGAUGGAUCUAUACAUUUUUAUUCGAUUAUGGAUUUCAAUCAAUCAUCCUUUGUUCAUCGUGGUUCGAUUCAAAUAGGACACGAUUUAAAUUUGGUUGUUAUUAGUGAGCAAACUCUAGUUUAUACGUACGAGUGCACCAUGCCUAUUGAUUUCGUAUAUAUUGAUUUGAAAGAAAUUUAUCAAAGUAAACAAAUUCUAUUCGAUAAGGAUAUUACUAAGACAUCGGUCUCGUUCGAUAUUGCAAUUGAGCCUAGGCCAAUCGAACGCAUCAUAUUACCUGAUAAAGCAAAAUUAAAUAUCGAUUCUAGCCAAUUAAAUUCUUUACUCUUUAUGGCAACGACAACAAGUUAUUUGUAUGUAAUUCAUGAAUGUAUAGACAAUACUAAUUUAUCAUAUGCACGUAUCGAUGGCCAUUUUGAUAUAGUUUCAAUGCAUGAAAAUACUCGAAAUACUGUAUACACAGCUCGCGGAGGUAUCAUCGACAUAUUCGUUUGGAAUUGUGUAAAACCUGAAGACAGUCUAAACGAGAAAUGUCAUCAUCUGCAUACAUAUGAUUUGUAUGCUUCGAUUGAUAUAAGUUCAUCGUCUGUAACUAGAAUCAAACCAGUGGUUGCAUCAACAUCUCUUUUCUUGUGUUCAAUGGAGAACGGAGUCAUUCAUAUGUAUCAAACUGAGCAGAUACGUGAAGCAUAUAAGAAAAUGCCACCAUUCCCACGAGCAAACCAUGUAAUCGGUGAUGUGAAACUCUACGAUACAAUCGCAGUAACACUCGGCAAUCAACGAAGAGAACUAAUAACAUGGUCAUAUCAACAUUCAACAUCGAUUAUAUCCACACGUCUCUUUUCGGAUUCGUUGAUCGUCAAUGAUUUUAUUAUUACAUCGAACAAAUUAUACUCAAACAUGGCUUUUGUACUUGUGAUUAUAAAUCAUUGUCGUAUAGAAAUUUAUUCAUGUGAAUCACUUAAUAAUGAACCUAUAUUUUGUCUUGAUUUUGAUUCGUCGAUAAGAGUUCAUUCUAGGAAAAAUGGGGAUUUUCUCGUCUUGAAUGAAACAGGUUCAUUAUGUUCGAUUGUUCAACAAUUGAAUUCUGAUCAACAACAUAUCGAAUUCAAACGAACGAACGGUGCACAAUUGAAAAUUCAAUGUUCGAAUUUGUUGAGUACAAUUGUUACAUUGGAUUCGAUAGAAAAUCUGGUUGUAUUUGAUGACAAUUUACAAUCGAUUGCUCUCUGGAUACCUACAAAUGUUUUAAUCUAUAUUGAUGUUAAUCCAAGUCAAUAUUUCACAUCAACACGUUUGAAAUAUAUAUCAACUGAACAAAGUCAAGAUUCGAUUAUGUUACAUUUUGAUAAUAAAUCUCUUGUAUUAUGUCGAAUCGAAUUGAACAAAUCUCAUACGAAUGGAUUCAUCGAAAUGAUUCCCAUGCAUAAAGCCGAUCUAUUUUGUGUGAAAAAUAACUGUAUCGCAAUGAGCGAUCAUGGACAAAAUCGAAUUAUUUUGCGCAAUAUUCGUUUAAAGAGUUCGUAUAAAGAGAUUCAAAUGGAAAACGAAUGUGAACAGAUGUGUUUCAAUGAAUCAGCAAUCUAUAUUUUUACUCUCAUAAAACCUCGCAUUCUGUACAUGCAUCGUAUUGACGAUAGUCAACAAAUGGCCAAAUUAUUUCUCUACGAUUCUGUGUCAUCGAUGAGAACAAACAGUGAUUUUGUUGUUUUAGCUAUGAAUGAUCGACGUUUAUUGACAUUAAUGAUUGCCGAUCCGAAUGAUCCAAAUGUACAAGAAAAAAUUCACGCACUACCUAGCAGAAAUGUACUACGAGAGAUUCAGUCAGCAACAAUCGAACUUCUACAACAUAUAGAGAAAUGUGUUGACAUGGAUUUGAGCGACAAUGAUACCGAUGGUGAUGAUGAUGACAUCCAAAUUCGGAGGACUGUACGAAGGGUCAGUGCUUUUUGUUUCGUUCAAGAUCUCGAUGAACGAUAUUCAUCAGAAAAUACGACCGAUGCAGCUAACGUGGAAUCGGAAUUCAUGAAAAUAUCUCCGAAGGAUGACUCAACAAGUGUCGAAAAGAAACUAGUUCGUGAUGAGUUCGACAUAGAAGAUGGUAAUAAUGAUAUUGACGUUCAAUAUUCGGAUUUGACUACGACAUCAGCCGAGCAACAACAAACGCUCUAUGAUCUAGAUGGUAUUCGUCAAAAAACAUUCGAAUACGAACAACAACAAUUGAAAUCCAUUCAAUUGGCCAAUGCUGGCAAAGGAAAUUUAAAAAUCAUCAACAGCUAUCCAGUUACUUCGAGCACGUGUAAUCUUUUUUGA